UUACAUUCUAGUACAGUAAACAAAACACAGAAAUCAUAUACAGUUUCUCAACCACGUAUUACAGUGGAAAAGAAAAGAGUACAUGCAAGACAGCUUUCCGCGGAGUCCAAUAUCACACAUUUUAGUAAUGCCACAAGGCGGAGAGAGUGGCAAAAAAACCCCUAAAGAACCAAGGAAGCAAGUUGAGAAUAAAACACACAGGUUUACAGAACAAGAGAAAGCAAGCACAACUGAAAACCAACCCCCUUGUUUGGAGCAGAACAUGAGAAGACACAGCAGUCAGCAUGAUCAAGUCAUGGCCACAACCUCUACACCAAUACUUGAACAAAGUGAAGAUCUUCAAUCAAUCCCAGAACCAAUGAAUUUCAGGCUGUCUCCAAUCUAUGCAAGUGAUGACAACUUUAGUACAAUUCCAGGAAUAAACACUGAAGAUGAUGUAGAAAACAGAGAGUCAAGUAUUGAUGAACAUAAUGAAAAUGUGUCUCUUUCUGAUAGUAGAAGUAGUGUGCCUUUGCCACUGGGACCCCAAUCUUAUAGUACACCACUCAGUGAACACAGUAUUUGGAGACACAACAUUUUAGAGUUAGAUGAGGAAGCCCGCAGUGACAGAGAAACUGAGGAGCAUCCAGUCAUGCAGAGACUAAACCAUGCCUUCAAUGCAGAGACUACCAGUACAAGUCCUGUAAGAAAUCCCAAUAAUCUGCCACCCUUAACAUCACCUAGAAGUUUGGGAUUAAGGGCAACACUUACACAAGUUGCUGACAGUUCACAAAAUAAUGCUCCAGUUUCUUUUCUUAAUUUGAGGGAUAUGAUUGAGCUUCGAAGGAUAGGUGGUGCAAUAGCACCCCCAACUCAAGAACAUAACAGACUAUCUCAUGUGGCAGAGACCACACUACCCCAGCUCCAUGAUAAUAAUUCAAAUACCAGGAAUGUGCAGAACCAUGAGUACCAUUCUCUUCCCCAAACAACUUUUAGAACAGAAGAAAGCAGAACCAGGGCUACACCUAACAGUGAAGCAUCUUCCGGCUCGCAUGUUGCUAUUUUAAGACCCAGUCUGUCUUCCACAGAAUCCACCAUUACACUUUUACAUGAGAACCUUGAUUUGAUUGCCCAUACAAUCUCCAUGCAGAGACAGUCUGAAAGGAUUAUCAACACGACACCAGAAAAAGAGAAUGUGAAGCCCAAACCGGACCCUGAGAAGCUUAAAAAAAUUCAGGAAAGUUUAUUAGAAGAAGACUCAGAAGAUGAAGGGGAUCUGUGCAGGAUUUGUCUUACAGGAGAUGAAACCUCAGAAAACCAACUUUUAGCACCUUGCAGAUGCAAAGGGAGCUUGAAGUAUGUGCAUAAAGAAUGUAUGAAGAAAUGGCUGCUCAGUAAAAUUAAAUCAGGAGCUGAGCUGAGUGCUAUAAAAACCUGUGAGAUGUGCAAACAAAACAUGGAGUGCAACUUUGAAGAAUUCGAUGUAGAUGAACACUACAGAAGACAUCAGGAAACUCAGGCUACUCUAAACCCAAGCCUCUACCUUGUGUUACUGCUUCAUUUGUAUCAGCAGCGGUAUGAAGAACUGCUAACAUUAUCAAACACUCGAGACCGGGUCAGUGAGAUUUCAAGACGAUUUUCUUAUCUGAGCUUGCGCAGGCGUGAACGUAAGUGAAUUCA